AUGAACUUCGGCUUAGAACGAAUCAAUUCUCUUCUCUCAAAACUCGAGAAUCCGCAUCUUCGCCUAUCCGUAAUUCAUGUUGGCGGAACUAACGGUAAAGGAUCCGUAACAUCCUACAUAGACUCAAUCCUUAUAAAAGCUGGUUAUAAAACAGGCCGAUACAACUCUCCUCACUUUCUCGAACCGCGCGAUUCAAUCCGUAUCAAUGGCGUACCCAUCAAUAAGGAAUCUUACCAGCGCGUUCGCAGCCGCAUCGAAGCUAUCAAUUCAGCAUCUAAUAUUGGGGCAACAUCUUUCGAACUAUUGACGGCAGUGGCGGUAUGCUGCUUUGAUGAUGAGAAAGUAUCAAUCGCCAUCAUUGAAGUAGGCCUUGGUGGCGCCAAAGACGCGACGAAUUUAUUUCCCUCACCGCUCGUGAGUAUUAUUACGACCAUCGGUAUGGACCAUAUGGAAAUAUUGGGCGAAACCAUAGACCUUAUUGCCAAGGAGAAGGCUGGGAUACUGAAGCCAAAGGGUAAAGCAGUUUUUGCGCCCCAAAUUCCGGCGGUGCAACAAAUUCUGGUGGACUGUGCAGUUAAAAUUAAAUGCGAUGAGUUUAUUAUUGUAAAUGCUGCCAGAUGGAUUGACGGUAAUGCACGCAUGCAACUUGAAGAUGGUGACUUCGACUUUCAUGUUCCGCUUCUCGGUGACUUUCAAUUGGAUAAUGUUGCGACUGCUGUAACAGCAAUUCUUUCACUUCGUAAACAUAUCAGUGAGUUUGCUUCAAUUACCUAUUGUCACAUCAAGGAAGGAAUAAGGAAUACGAAAUGGCCGGGAAGACUCGAGUGGAUCGACGUUUCGCCAGUGUUAGGGGGGAGCUACCAAAGAAUGCUAGUUGAUGGUGCUCAUAACAUACCAGCUUUAUCUGCUCUUCGAUCUUUUAUUGAUAAUCAUUUUGACGAGAGUAAGCCGAUUCAUUGGAUAAUUGGCAUAAAAAACGGUAGGGAUAUCUCUGAAAUACUUAGAUUGAUUCUCAGAAGCCACGAUUCAGUGUAUGCCGUGACAUUCUCUGACGUUGAGGAUAUGUCAUGGGUGCACCCAUGCAAUCCGGAUCUAAUCGCAGAUAGCGCAAAGGGGAUUCAUACUGAUAUGUUUGCCAAGUCAAGUGUAAAUUUGACUAAUGCCAUCCAAAAUGCCAUAACGAGAAGUAAGGAUGAUGCUGGAAUAACAGUUUUAUGUGGAAGUUUAUAUCUUGUGGCAGAUCUUUACAGAUUACUGAAAUUAGAAGCAUAG